AUUUUAUUUUUCAAAACGUUUUCCUAGAAGAAAAAACUUUUCCAAACCUGUUGUGCAGUCGCCAUUGAAAACCUAUAUAUUCAGAUGUAAAUUAGCGGCAAAAUUCCUUAAACCCCACUUUGCUGUCUGAUUCACUGAAGAGCAAACGAAUGGAAGAAAACUUAAACAACAUCGAAGAAGAAGAAGAAGAAGAUGAGGGCCCACCACCUGGUUUUGAUUCUUUAGCACAUACCACCAAUGAUGAGACUGAUGAAGAUGAGGGCCCACCUCCUGGUUGGCCCUCAAAUCCUCAGCAACAAAAUCAACAGCUUCUCCUGACUACUGAUGUAGAGAUGGGGAGCAGAGAACACGAAUCAGAAGACGAUGAAGAUGGUCCACCACCUGGGUGGAACGCUGUAAUCCCACAGAAAGAUUCACCAUCUACUUUACGAGGCACAGCAGCAGUUACUUGUGAUAUAGAAAUGGAGAAGAAAGAAGAAAUCGUUGAAGAUGAGGAUAAUGGUCCACCACCAGGAUGGGAGUUGGCCCCUCAACUUCAGCCACUACAAACAUCUACAUCACCAUCAGGGACACUACAAACUCUUCUUGCCGAUAUAGAAAUGGAGAAGAAAGAGGAGGUCGUUGAAGAUGAAGAUAAUGGUCCACCGCCAGGAUGGGAGUUGACCCCUCAACUACAGCCACUACAAACGUCUACACCACCAUCAGGAACGCAACAAGCUCUACUUGCCGAUACAGCAAUGGAGAAGAAGGGAGAAGUCGUUGAAGAUGAAAAUAAUGGUCCACCACCAGGAUGGCAGUUGACCCCUCAACUGCAGCCACUACAAACCUCUACACCACCAUCAGGGACGCAACAAGCUCUUCUUGCUGAUAUAAAAAUGGAGAAGAAGGAAGAAGUCGCUGAAGAUGAAGAUAAUGGUCCACCACCAGGAUGGCAGUUGAUCCCUCAACUACAGCCACUACAAACAUCUACACCACCAUUAGGGACACAGCAAACUCUUCUUGCUGCAUUAGCUUUUGUAGAUGUUGAGAUGGGGAGCAAACAGCAGUGUGCAGUUGAAAAAGAAGGGCAUCCACCGGGAUCAUCCAUUCCUAUGGCUGGACAUUCAUCACCACCUACACCACCACCUCAGUCAUCAUCAUCAGUUGCUUCUUCUGAAAUGGAGAUGGGUAGCAAACAAGAAGGCACAAAGAAUGAGGAGGUAAGGCCCCCAAUUGAAAAACAAGAAGGCACAAAGAACGAGGAGGUAAGGCCCCCAAUUGAAAAGCAACCUACAUCGCAUUUAUCACGGAUUAAACCUACAGCGCCUCAAUCCUCAUUACCUGCAACAACAUCUUCUGCCGAAAUGGGUCAGAUGGUUUGUGGUUCUUGCCGACAAUUACUUACAUAUCCACAAGGGGCUAAAUUGGUGAAGUGUUCGUGCUGCCAGACUGUCAAUUUUGUCCUGGAAGCUCAUGAGGUUGGACAAGUUAAAUGUGGGGGUUGUGCAGUGCUGCUCAUGUACCCUUAUGGGGCGCCAUCAGUUCGAUGUUCCUCUUGUCGUCACAUGACAAAAAUUGGGGCACACAACAGACGACCUCCUCUCUCAGUACAACAGGCUCGAAGAAGACAUCCUUCUUACCAAGUUCAUUAGCUUGCUCAUCUCGAUCUGGUUUUUGGGGAGUUCUUCAUGUUGGUGUAAUUGUUUAUAUGAACUGCUUGGCUAGAGGGCUAUUUAACUGACAUCAGGGUACUGCUUGCUUCAUGGGCUUUGGCAUUUUCCAUGGCUUUGUAAAAUCUGUAUCACUCCUUUUCUAUUUAAAUACUCUUAACUUUGAAUAGAGCCAAAUUUCUGAACGUUAGUGAGACAGGAUUGGAAGUUUAGUUUAGCCUCA